UGGCAGGAAAGGUAACAGGAACUAAAGCGAGUUCACUUUCAUAGUCUUUGACUCUUUGGCUUGGGGAGCAAGGUAGUCAUGUCCGCACCACCGAAAUUUGACACUCUUCCCGAUAUGUUCUCGAGGCCCCAACUUCUCGACAUUCUUCGACAAGUUCCUCUGUUUUGCGCCGAAGCAAUAGCCUCGGAUCCAGGUUCGGUCAACGGUUGGCCAUGCCACUGUCAUGCGACGUUGAAGAAAGAAAAUCACGGUUCGGGUCUUUGUUUUAGGAAGGAUUCCCAACCUGAACCUCUCGUAGUCGAAACAGCUACAAAGCUGUGUUUUGCCUCUCAUUCAUGCGCAACCUUAAAAACACAAGCACGCUGAACUGAAAAGGUUCUUUACUCGCUCUCUCCGGUUUAUGCUUUGGUUCAGCAUCGUCUACUUCUCAUAGAAUAUGGCGAGUUUAUAGCAUAUCAUUCCUGCAGGACUUGGCUAAUGAACAGCAGAGGAUUGGCAACAAAAGUGAGAAAUGCUACGUGUUCUCCUGCUUAUCAAAUUAAAGACUGCGGAGCAAAUCGUGAAUGCCCAAAAUGCCAUUAUUGUAUUGACAACAGUGAUGUAUCUCCUGAAUGGCCUGGCCUGCCUCUUGGUGUGAAGUUUGAUCCUUCAGAUACAGAGCUCUUAGAACAUUUAGCGGCAAAGUGUGGUGUUGGAAACUCAAAGGAACACUUGUUUAUUGAUGAGUUCAUCCCAACACUUGAGGAGGAGCAAGGAAUUUGCUACACCCAUCCAGAAAAUCUUCCAGGGGCUAAGAGAGAUGGAAGCAGUGUCCAUUUCUUUCACAGAACAAUGAAUGCAUAUGCUUCUGGUCAUCGGAAACGCCGCAAGAUCCAUAGUCAACAUAGUUUGAACAAGGAGCAUGUCCGCUGGCACAAGACAGGUAAGACCAAACCUGUGAUGGAAAAUGGAGUGCAGAAGGGCUGUAAGAAGAUCAUGGUGCUGUAUAAAGGUUCAAAGAAGGGGUCCAAGCCAGGUAAGUUCAAUUGGGUGAUGCAUCAAUAUCAUCUUGGGACUGAAGAAGAAGAGAAGGAAGGAGAAUUUGUGGUCUCAAAAAUUCUCUACCAACAGCCAAAGCAGACUGACAAUAAUGAUGGCAGCCCGGUGGUUCAGGAUUCUGAAAUUAUGACUCUACAAAAUAGUCCUAGGACUCCAAAAGCAAACCCUCCCCAUCCACCCCGCACUGGGAAAUCUGUUCUGCUUGAUGAUUUUGAUCACAGUAACAUACUCCUGUCCCCUGCUCAGGAAGCAGAAUAUGGCUCUAAAGCAUCUCGCACCCCUGCAUCUGAUAUUCAGAGUAAGGACAAGAUGGAGUACCCUGCAUGGUUGGCAGGCGAAUCUCAGGCCGUUGAGAACUCUGUUUUAAAAUGCACGGAUGAUUCAUUGCUAUGCAAGGAGGUUUUCAAUUCUUGUGCUGUAGAUCAUUCAAGCAUGAAUCACAUCUCUUAUACUGACUUUGUUAGCAACAUAGAUGAGGAUAGUGGAAUUAACAAUGUGUCUCCUGGAAUUGCUGACCUCGAGAACAUAGAACUAGAUACACCACCUGAUUUCCCACUCGCUGAUUUGCAGUUUAGUUCUCAAGACAGUAUUCUCGGUUGGUUCGACCGGUUAUGAGUGACAUUCUGAAGGAAAGUGGGAAUUACCGUGAAUUCUCAGUUUUGUUCCAUAUGAGAGUUCUGAUGUCACUAUCCUCUUCUCUUUCUACAUUUUCUUCUGAGGCAAUGGCUGGACCUCAUUUCUUUAAGGAAAUUGGAGUUUUCCCAUCUCCGCUGGGGCUCUUCGAACUCUGCUAGGCUUCAAGGCAUUCAGGGCCAUGAAGUUGGCAGACUCUUUCAGCUGUCUGGUAUCAGAUAUCGAUGCCUGGUUCAAGUUGAAUUCCAAAGCAUGCAUAUCAUGUUCUGGCUCUAUCUCGGCUUCUUCAAGCGUCAAUGCACCAUGUAGGUGCCUGGAUUCGGUGAUUCCUGCUAUCUAGAUGCUGUUCAUGUUACUCCUAGGGGAGAAACAUAAAGAGGCUUGUACGACAGAUGUAUUUGUUGUUUCUGUGGCUGUUAAAGAUUGCCACUGGUUAUGGCAUUUGAGAAAGCAUGGAAGUAGCAAUUAAAUACUUGGCAUUAACAUCUGCCGAAGAUGUAUUCCAUGUAGGAAACAUUGACAUUUGCUGAUGAUGUAUUGGAAGGAAAGUUUAUUGCAAUGAUAAUUAUCGGUUUGUUUUC